UGGGUUGUCUGUACAUUUUGAUCUCUUUGGAGAUAACACUGCUUAAUGCUUCGGAAUGUUUGCCCUCAGAAGGUUAUUAAAGGAGUCGAAGAAAUUUUGCCGGUUUGUACACAAUGAAGGAAAACAAACUCAUUUUGGUUUUGAGAAAGUCACAGAAGAAGAAAAAACGAAAAAGGUUUACGACGUGUUUCGUAAUGUUGCCGCAAAUUAUGAUCUAAUGAAUGAUGCUAUGUCUUUUGGUAUUCAUAGAGUGUGGAAAGACAUAUUUGUUGAGAGACUGGGUCCAACAAACGGCAUUGACUUACUUGAUGUUGCUGGUGGGACUGGAGAUAUCACUUUCAGAGUCUUGAGGUAUUUGAGGAAUAGUAACACUCCAAGUCUUCCAGGAAGGAUAACUGUUUGUGAUAUCAACAAAUCAAUGCUUAAAGUUGGAGAAGAACGUGCCUUAAAAGCUGGUUAUUUAGAAGUCGAAUGGGUUGAAGGAAAUGCUGAAAAACUGCCAUUUGAGGACAAUAUUUAUAGUGCAUACACUAUAGCUUUUGGUAUCAGAAAUGUUACUAGAAUAGAUGAAGCACUUAAGGAGGCAUAUAGGGUCUUAAAGCCUGGUGGAAGAUUUAUGUGUCUUGAGUUCAGCCUUGUUGAAAAUGAGGUCUUGAGGUGGUUUUAUGAUCGAUAUUCUUUCCAGAUGAUUCCUGUCAUUGGCCAGGUUGUAGCUGGAGAUUGGAAGUCUUAUCAGUAUUUAGUUGAAAGUAUAAGGCAGUUUCCUGCUCAAGAUGAUUUCAAAUUAAUGAUUGAAGAUGCUGGUUUUGUAAAUUCUGGACAGUUUAGUCAAGAUAUGAUACCUACUGUUGGAUUUAAUAUGAGGAAAAUUACAAAAGGAAAUGUAACUAUAAAAGUAUGGGAUAUCGGUGGUCAACCAAGGUUCAGGUCUAUGUGGGAAAGAUACAUGGUGGAUGCUGCUGAUCCAGACAAGCUGGAAGCGUCACGAAAUGAACUUCACAAUCUUCUCGAUAAACCUCAGUUAAUGGGCAUUCCUGUCCUUGUUUUAGGUAACAAGAGAGAUUUACCUAAUGCCCUUGAUGAGAAGGAACUUAUUGAUAGAAUGAACCUUUGUGCUAUUCAAGAUAGAGAAAUCUGCUGCUAUUCUAUCUCAUGCAAAAACAAAGACAAUAUUGAUAUCACACUCCAAUGGCUGAUAAACCAUAGCAAAUCUGGAGGGAGCCGCUAGCCUAUGGUUCUUUAAUCAGUUUCUUACAUUUUUAACAAAAAAAAUGAAAAAGGUGUACAUUACGUUUCUUUAAAUAUAGGUUUUAAUUGUUAUCCCCACUGCUACUAGGGUUUCAAAGCAGGCAGUUGAACGUGGUUUCAAUUGGAUAACCAUAAUUUUUGUGAAAGUGGGAAAAAUUAUUAUAGAAAAGUAGAUAUGAACUGUGAACUGAACUGAGACAUAAGAUCUUUUACCAGGUACUUGUUGCCAUAGAAUUCGUUUUUGUGUGUAAGUCCUGCAUCAGAGCCCUUAGCUCUCGACUUGUUAAAUGGCACGCUUUAUAGUUAUUACUACACGCAUAGGGGAUCAAAAUGGCGAAGCUAAGGUCGUAGCUUCGCCCCGGCCUUUGGCCUCAUUCAAGUCUUUUUUUUAUAAAAAUAAAAUAAAUAUAUAAAUAUAUAUAUGUAUAAAUAUUACUAAUAUGAGAUAAUGUGAAACAAAAAUGUAUGUAAUAAUAGUCUAUUGUAAUUAAUAAGUAUAUCCCUAUGUAUUAUUAUCAUUGUAUAAAAUUAAAUGAUAAGUUUAUUGGUACUUUUAAUUAUAAAUUCCUGAGUAUUCAGAUUUAAAGACUAAUUAAAAUUGUUUUAAGCUUUAUAAGGUUUAUUAAAAAAGAAAAAAAAAAUCCCACUGGAACCCUUUCAUCAUCCUUUUAUAUAAUGGUAUAUUUUAAGCAGAAAAAAUGACUAUAGAAUAUAUUACAUCAAUAAACUUUGUUUAAAAAUAAUAAUAUGGAUUGUAAAGAGACAAAAGUGUCACUAAUGACCAAAAGGUGUGAAGGGUCCCAAUGCAUUGUUUUAUUUAUUUUUAUAAACCCUUGGUCAAGUUACCAUUAGGUAAGGAAACAAGUAGAGAUGGAAAUAAAUUGUCAAAAACAAAAACCCUAAAUAAAAUUAGAAGAUAGAUUCAUCUUAUGAAACUAAGUAAUAUAGUCAUUGCCUAAUUGCUAUACCCAUUGCUUUUUUGUCUCUAGAAAAGAAAUUGUAAAGUCUGAUAAUAUGACUGUUAUAACAUCUUGUGAGGUUUUAUUAAAACAGUAUACAAGA